AUGUCUGAGUCUCAAACUUCCAUAGAACUUCCUGUAUUUGACAUCUCACAACCCUUAAGCCCAUCCUCUCUCUCCACCCUGUCUCUAGCCUGCAAAGAAUGGGGUUUCUUUCAUAUCACCAACCAUGGAAUCUCUAAAGAUCUUUACAAAAAACUCCAUUCUCUUUCAAAUUCUCUCUUCGAUCUUCCUUCUGAGCUGAAACUCAAAGCUGGCCCCUCAUCAAACAUAAAGGCCUACACUCCUCAUUUCAUUGCCUCCCCUUUCUUUGAGAGCCUCCGGGUGUCUGGACCUGACUUCUUUGCCUCUGCACUGUGUUCUGCAGAAGUCCUCUUCAAUCAGCCUAACUCAGAAUUCAGUGAAAUCCUGAAAGAGUAUGGAUACAAAAUGACAAACCUAUCCAGGAAAAUUGUAGAGAUUGUACUUAUGUGUUUGGGGGAUGGAUUUGACAAGAAAUACGAAUCUGAAUUCAGAAACUGUCAUGGUUAUUUAAGAAUAAUCAACUACAGCCCACCCGUGUCACAGGCAGAGAAAGAAGUUGAAGGGCUUGGCAUGCAUACUGACAUGAGCUGUGUAACCAUUGUUUAUCAAGACGAGGUUGGCGGGCUUCAAGUGAGGUCUAAGGAGGGGAAGUGGAUGGACAUAAAUCCAUGUCAAGCAACCCUUGUGGUUAACAUUGGAGACUUACUGCAAGCUUGGAGCAAUGUGAAGUUGAGGUCAUCCGAGCACAGAGUUAUUUUGAGGCGAAGUGUGAAUCGAUUUUCCCUUGCUUUCUUCUGGUGUUUUGAAGAUGACAAGUUGAUAUUUGCACCUGAUGCAGUGGUGGGAGAAGGGAACUUGAGGGUCUACAAGCCAUUUGUUUGUGUGGAUUAUCUGAAAUUCAGAGAGAACAGUGAGAAAGGGAAGUUUGAGAAAGUUGGAUUUACUGUGAAAGAUUUUGCGGGAACUGGAGGAUGA